AACAUUGUAUUCUAUUCAGUGUACCGGCAGACGUAACAUAAAAUGGAGGUAGUUAACGCCCUUACACAGGCCGCCAGCAUACAGAAUGCAUUGAGGGUAUUAACAGUACUCAAUCUGACCGCCUAUAGAUACCCCGAGCAAGCUAAUAUUAAAGAUGGGGCUGUGUUCGACUUCAUCGUGCUGGGCGCGGGCUCGGCGGGCUGCGUGCUGGCCAACAGGCUCAGCGAGGACCCGAGGGUGACGGUGCUGCUGGUCGAGGCCGGCGGGGACCCACCUCUAGAGUCCAACCUCCCGGCUCUGAGCAUUUAUGGAGUUGGAUCUCACACCGACUGGAACUAUACAACUCCUCAGUGCCCCCUAUUUAAGUGUCAUGAUAACAAUGUAGAAAAAUUGUCAAAAGGGAAAAUGUUAGGUGGCUCGAGCAGUUCUAACUACAUGAAAUACGUACGCGGAGACCCGCAUGAUUUCAAUACAUGGGCUCGCAUCGCGAAUGACGACAGCUGGAGUUACGACAACAUUUUGCCUUACUUCAUCAAAAGUGAGAGAAUGGAAACUACUGCUAUUUUAAAAUCUCCCACCGGCAAGUUUCAUGGAACUAAAGGGUAUAUGGGUGUGACAAAAACAAAUAAUUUUAGCAACGCAAAAAAAUACUUAAACGCUCUUCAAGAACUUGGGUACAAUACUGUAUUUGACACCAAUGGUAAUUACACAUUAGGAUUUGCGGAGCCGCAGUACACUAUCGCUGAUGAUAUACGUCAAAGCACAGCGAACGCUUUUUUGUCACCAAUAAAAAAUCGACCUAAUCUUUAUGUUCUCAAAAAUCAUUUGGCAACAAAGAUCAAUUUCAAAAAACAAGUUGCUGUAAGUGUGAGUUUAAAAAACGCUGAAGGAGUAACAAUGACAUUAAAGGUAUCGAAAGAAAUAAUACUGUCAGGCGGAGCAAUCAACAGUCCUCAACUACUAAUGCUUUCGGGAAUUGGCCCAAAAGAGCACUUACAAGGUUUUGGAAUAAACGUCGUUUCUGAUCUUCCUGUGGGAAAAAACUUACAAGAUCACAAAUUCAUUAUUUUAUUUCACUUAACUGGGCAUGCACCCAUUUCAAAUGAAUACCAUAAAGUAAAUAUAAAUGGCUUUGUGGCAUUGGAUAAAAAUCAGUCCUACCCAGAUUAUCAAGCAGCAAUAGCUACUGGCGGUUCAGAAACAGUAAUUUCUGGAUGCGCAUUCUCUUUUGAAAGCGAUACUUGUCAAAAUUUUUACAACAAAAGCAAAGAUAGAGAAGUAAUGUUGACUAGAAUUAUCCCUAUUCAGCCUAAAUCUAGAGGAGAGAUUCUAUUGAAUAGUACCGAUCCAGACGAAUAUCCAAUUAUCUACACAGCGCCCUAUACAGAUGAAAGUGACCUAGAAGAUGUAGUAACAUUUUUGGAGGAUUACACUCGUUUGAUAAACACAACGUACUUCAAGAGUGUUGGAGCGGAGCUCUUAGAGCUGGAGAAGUGUCUUAGGUAUCCAGCUGGUAGUAGAGAUUAUUGGCGCUGUUACGUUCGUUGUUUGGUAACCACACAAUUCCACCAAGUGGGCACGUGCGCCAUGGGCUCCGUGGUGGACAGCCGGCUGCGCGUGCGCGGCGUGGAGAGGCUGCGCGUGGUGGACGCCAGCGUCAUGCCCACCAUCACCAGCGGCAACACCAACGCGCCCACCAUCAUGAUCGCCGAAAAAGCAGCCGAUAUUAUUAAGGAAGACAAUAACUUGAAAAUGUAAAAAAUACAAUAUGUUUUUUCUAAAUCUAUAAGUUAUUUCAUAUAAUUUGUCAUUUACUGUUCAGAAUGAAGUUAAGCAUCGGUUAAAUUAUGUAUUAAUGGUUUGAAAACAUGUUUACUUGGAGAUUAAUAAAUUAGCAAUGGAAAUGAUAUGGUAAAAAAUGUGAGGCACGAACAGGGCCAAGAAGUAAUGACCUCUGUUGAUGGAGAUAUUAAAUGAAGAUGCAUUACACAAAUCGAUUUUAACUAUGUACUGAUAAUGUCUCUUCCAUCCUGCAUAGGGUUUUGAGUUUGAUUGCCGAUGAAUAAAAUAUUAUAAAAAACGAUUUCCAAGGCUAUUUCUAGACCUUUGUAUCUUUAUAAAUAUCGUGGCUUAUGAUGAGGUGUUUUAAUUAUCUUGCUUUUUUAAAUUAUUUUUUUAAUUGCCU